AUGGCCGAUAACAGCGCCCAAGAGCCCGAAUACUCUAAUGCGCUGAUCCCGGAGAGCGAUGACAGCGACAUCGAUUCGGCAAUCGGUGGUUUGACGUAUGCGUCGUCGACGACGAGCGCACGAAGCGAUGUGUACACUUCGGUGGAAGAGUUCGGGCGCACAUAUCAUGGAUACAAGUCUGGCAAAUAUCUCCUCCCCAAUGACGAAAAAGAGAGAGACAGAUUGGAUCUCCAGCACAUGCUCUUCACCAUCUCAUGCGACGGCGCUCUAGCCCUCGCGCCCAUCGGUAACCCGAAGCGCGUGCUCGACAUAGCAACAGGCACCGGGAUAUGGGCCAUGGAUUUCGCUGAGCAGUAUCCGGACGCACGCGUGACCGGCACCGACCUCUCACCCAUUCAGCCCAGCUACGUCCCCACAAACUGUCAAUUCGAAAUCGCAGACGCCGAAGACGAAUGGAACUACUCGAGACCUUUCGACUACAUCCACGGACGCGCGCUGCUCACAUGCUUUGCGGAUCCGCGUUCCAUUAUCCAAAAGGCUUACGACAACCUCGCACCCGGCGGUUACCUCGAGCUCCAAGACGGUCUCUUUCCGUUCCAGUUCAUGGACCCACAGCCUCCGCCAGAAAAUCCACUCCGCUCUUUCCUGGAAACAGUAGCCGAGUGCGGUUCCAAGAUUGGACGGCCGUGGAACAAUGUGCAACAUUACAAACGAUGGUUUGAAGAAAUUGGAUUUGAAGCCGUUGAGGAGAAGAGGUUGUACUGGCCAUGUGGGCCAUGGGCCAAAGGUGAUAAGAUGAAGAAGCUUGGUGUUUACUUCUUGGAGGAUUUGAAGCAUGCUUUCGAGCCGGUAGCUAUGAAAAUGUUUGUCAAAAUUCUUGGGUGGACCGAGGAGAGGACGAAAACGUAUAUGGCUGAGGAGGUCAUGCCAUUACUAGGGGCGAGGAAGACAUACAUGUACGAGACGGUUUGCUUUACGUAUGGGAGGAAGCCGCUCAAUCCUCCCCCAGAGCAGUCGGUAGACCAAUCGUAA